AUGCUGCGAGCUUCACGAAUACUCGAGGUGUCCAGAAAACGGACGAUAGGGCAGCCUACGGCGCCUUCAAGAGUGGGCCUUCGGUCCUCUCAUUUCCAGUAUCUCGUGCACAGUAGUAACUGGCGCACAUAUGAUGAACUAAUGAAGCAGGCGGCAGUCCAUGCGAAGGUCGAAUAUUUCAACUCCAAACCCGGGCCUUCGGCUCGGAAGGAGGAGUCAGCACCCAAGAGUUACCUAGGGCGAACUGACGAUUCUUCGGCAAGGCACAAGCGGAAGGACGACCGUGACAGUCGUUAG